UUUCAGUAGAAAAUUUAAGUGCAAGCCGGACAAACUUCAGUUAGCCGGAACACAAAAAUAUUGUGAAAAUAAUUAUCUAAAUUGUAUAAAAUAUAAAUAAAAAGAGUAAAAAUGUCGAAAGCUCACCCCCCAGAAUUGAAAAAGUUCAUGGACAAAAAGCUGUCAAUCAAACUGAACGCUGGUCGCGCUGUGACCGGUGUCCUGCGAGGAUUUGAUCCCUUCAUGAACCUAGUAUUGGAUGAGUCUGUCGAAGAAUGCAAAGAUGGCCAGCGAAACAACAUAGGCAUGGUGGUGAUCCGAGGAAAUAGCAUUGUAAUGUUGGAAUCAUUAGAUAGAAUAUAGUAAUAAUUUCAUUCCCUAAAUUAUAAGUUAUCUAUCAUAGGGUAAUUUGUGGAAGAUGCUACACCAUCAUACCAAUGUAUGGAGUACAUUACACCAAAAAUUCCACAUUCAUUGUGUCUUUGAAAAUUUAAUUAGUAACUGGUACAAGAAAUCUUGUUAACCUUUCAAGGAAGAUGUUUAAUUUUUGUUUUUACAACAUAUUGGGUGAGAAAAAAGUGUCUUGAAACUAAACUGUAUUUUUUAUGAGAGACCUCUUGUGUGGAAAUAAAUUAAUGUAAAAUUAAAGUA